AUGUCUAUUAGAAACAAUGGUGAAAAAUGUGAAACUUUAACCCUUUCCAUCUGUGACGCAAACAUCGGCGUCAGGAAGAGGAUUAAGAGGAAAUGGAAGAGGAUUAAGAGGAAAUGGAAGAGGAUUAAGAGGAAAUGGAAGAGGAUUAAGAGGAAAUGGAAGAGAAUUAAGAGGAAAUGGAAGAGAAUUAAGAGGAAAUGGAAGAGGAUUAAGAGGAAAUGGAAGAGAAUUAAGAGGAAAUGGAAGAGGAUUAAGAGGAAAUGGAAGAGGAUUAAGAGGAAAUGGAAGAGGAUUAAGAGGAAAUGGAAGAGAAUUAAGAGGAAAUGGAAGAGGAUUAAGAGGAAAUGGAAGAGGAUUAAGAGGAAAUGGAAGAGGAUUAAGAGGAAAUGGAAGAGGAUUAAGAGGAAAUGGAAGAGAAUUAAGAGGAAAUGGAAGAGGAUUAAGAGGAAAUGGAAGAGGAUUAAGAGGAAAUGGAAGAGGAUUAAGAGGAAAUGGAAGGGGAUUAAGAGGAAAUGGAAGAGAAUUAAGAGGAAAUGGAAGAGGAUUAAGAGGAAAUGGAAGAGGAUUAAGAGGAAAUGGAAGAGGAUUAAGAGGAAAUGGAAGAGGAUUAAGAAGAAAUGGAAGAGGAUUAAGAGGAAAUGGAAGAGGAUUAAGAAGAAAUGGAAGAGGAUUAAGAAGAAAUGGAAGAGGAUUAAGAGGAAAUGGAAGAGGAUUAAGAGGUUUAGAAGAGGAUUAAGAGGAAAUGGAAGAGGAUUAAGAGGAAAUGGAAGAGGAUUAAGAGGAAAUGGAAGAGGAUUAAGAGGAAAUGGAAGAGGAUUAAGAGGAAAUGGAAGAGAAUUAAGAGGAAAUGGAAGAGGAUUAAGAGGAAAUGGAAGAGGAUUAAGAGGAAAUGGAAGAGGAUUAAGAGGAAAUGGAAGAGGAUUAAGAGGAAAUGGAAGAGAAUUAAGAGGAAAUGGAAGAGGAUUAAGAGGAAAUAGAAGAGGAUUAAGAGGAAAUAGAAGAGGAUUAAGAGGAAAUGGAAGAGAAUUAAGAGGAAAUGGAAGAGGAUUAAGAGGAAAUGGAAGAGGAUUAAGAGGAAAUGGAAGAGGAUUAAGAGGAAAUGGAAGAGGAUUAAGAGGAAAUGGAAGAGGAUUAAGAGGAAAUGGAAGAGGAUUAAGAGGAAAUAGAAGAGGAUUAAGAGGAAAUGGAAGAGUAUUAAGAGGAAAUGGAAGAGGAUUAAGAGGAAAUGGAAGAGGAUUAAGAGGAAAUGGAAGAGGAUUAAGAGGAAAUGGAAGAGGAUUAAGAGGAAAUGGAAGAGGAUUAAGAGGAAAUGGAAGAGGAUUAAGAGGAAAUGGAAGAGGAUUAAGAGGUUUAGAAGAGGAUUAACGGUGACGCCGUCGGACGCCCGUUGGACGCUGACGUCGGUGUUGCCGGAGUGAAGGGGUCAAGAUUUAGAGUGGCUAGAGAAACAGCUGAUGUUAUAUUAUUAAAGUUCUUUGAUAUUCACUCCAUAUA